UGGUUCAUUUCAUUCCACAUUGGACGUUUUAUCGCAUCGUUUUACUGGUUUUACGUCAGAGAUCUACCUAUUGAUUUUGGAUUUCUUUUUCACAUUUUGGCUGAUUUUGUGUUUUAACUCUUUCAUUUAAAGAAUUUAAAAACUUAUCACGAUGGAUUUCGAAUGGUUAGGCGAUCCAAUACCUGUCGACAUGGCCGACAAACAAAUAACCACGAAGCCAAAAACGUUUUACAAAACAUGUAAAUAUUUAGGAACAGAAUACAAUGUUGGUGAUCAUGUCCUCAUUGCUAAUUCUGAGGCUGAUGACCCUGAGUCUAUUCGUCAUUGCUAUGUAGCAUCACUGGUCUACAUGUAUGAAAUGAAAUCUAACAAGAAAGAUCCCUUUCGGGCUCAAGUUCAGUGGUAUUCAAGAAUAGAACAGCUCUCAAAAUUUCUGAAAAAAGAUCAUGUGCAUCCACCACUUGACAAUGCAUGGGAGCUAGUGCAUGAAGGACAGCGAUAUAAAGGAGAUUUAAGCAUUGAAACAAUCUUUGGUAAAUGCACUGUUUCGAUUUGUGAUGGAGAUGAAAUUCCUAAAAUUGUUGGAAAACAAAAAAAGUCCUGGAUAUUCUUCUGUCGGUUUGCUCUUGGCCCUAAAAGCUCGCGCGAUUUAAUUUCGGUCAAAGAAUCGGAAAUGAAACAAUUAGCAGACCUGAAUGCAAAGACAAUUGUAAAUUCAGGCUCUGCUAUUAAGAACAACAACAACAAUGACCCAUCAACUCCUGCAAGAGUUUCGAGAUCUCGUAGAACUUCAGAAAGUGAUUCCAGCGCGUAUCCGGACGUCGUUAAUACUCCCCGAUCAAGCAGGAGAAUAAGGCAACCCUCACGCCAAUUAAUUGAAAACGACGAAAACGAAUCUAACGCUGCUAUUGACGGCAUUAAUACUCCUCGAUCAAGCAAGAGAAAUAAGCAACCAGCACGCGUAUUGGCUAGUGAAGAGAAAGGAUGUAAUACUAAUACUCCCCGAUCGACCAGAAGAAACAAGCAACCACCCAACUGCAUCGAGGAACCGCUUCCAAGUCCCCUGAAAAAUUCCACUUUUAGUGUCAGCAGCAUCAAAACAAAGGAGCUCUGCAUAGUCAUACAAAGAUGUAAAAUCACUCCAAGUAAAGAAGAUUCUCAUGCACAGCUAGAUCAGUCUAGUAAAGUUAAAGCAAGAAAGAAACUUGAUUUGGAAACUACACCCACCAAAGUGGUAGAAGAGAAAACUCCUAUGAAGCCCAAAAGAGCUGGAUCAGCAACACCUGGAUCAACUCAGAAAAAGCGAUUGAGAUUAACUCCUGCCAUUUCUUCCCGUUCGUGUAAAGUAGCUGAUCCUACUUCACCACUAGGAGAAAUUCGACGGCGUCUUCAUGUCGCUGCUGUGCCUCAAACUUUACCGUGCCGUGAAGAUGAAUUCAAUCAAAUUUUCAGUUAUGUAGAAGGUAAAUUGUCUGAUGGCAUUGGAGGGUGUAUGUACAUCAGUGGUGUUCCAGGCACAGGAAAAACAGCUACUGUCAACGAGGUUAUCCGAAUGUUGAGAGAGAGUCAAACAGAAGGAGAUCUUCCCGAUUUCAAACUCAUUGAAGUCAAUGGAAUGAAGUUGACGGCUCCACAACAGAUCUAUGUCCAGAUCUGGGAUCAGUUAACAGGCAGUAAAGUCACAGCAGAUAAAGCAGCCAAAUUGCUCCACGCCAAAUUUUCUACUAACGGGCCACGGCACCGACCCACUGUCUUAAUUGUCGACGAAUUGGAUCUACUUUGGACUCGACAACAGGAUGUUCUUUAUAACAUUUUUGAAUGGCCAAACCGACCCAAAGCUCAGCUUACUGUCUUAGCUAUCGCAAACACAAUGGAUUUGCCGGAAAGGUUGUUGAUGAAUCGAGUCUCAUCACGAAUGGGAUUGACUCGAUUAACUUUUCAACCUUACAAAGUGAAACAACUUCAAACCAUUAUCUCCUCAAGACUUGAAAAUGAUGUAUCGUUUGAACCGGAGGCGGUAGAGUUCAUUGCCAGAAAGGUAUCAGCAGCUUCAGGAGAUGCUCGUCGAGCACUAGAUAUUUCUCGUCGAGCUGCUGAAUUGGCUGAAAAGGGAGGACAUACUAACAGCAGUCCAACAAAAUCACCGUCAAAAAGAGGUGCACAAUCAAGCAGGUCGACUGUCAUGAUGCAACACGUCCAGACUGCGAUUGAAGAGAUGUUUUCGUCACCAAAACUAUUGGCUAUUCAAGCAUGCAGUUUGCACGAACAACUGUUUCUCAACGCUCUUGUGCAAGAGUUCAAUCGAACGGGAGUCGAAGAAUCGUUUUUCGACCAAGUGAUUCGGCAGCAUUAUACGCUCUGUGAUCUGGAAGGAAUGUCCCGACCAAAUGUAUCAGAGCUGCUCUCCGUCUGCGCUUCGUUAUGUAGCAGUCGGUUGAUCUUAUCAGAACACGGACGGAACGACAUCCGUCAAAAGGUACGUCUCAAUAUUGGAAUUGAUGAUGUCACCUAUGCUUUAAAGUGCAUUUGAGUCAAUUUUCCAUUUUAUUUUUAAUCUCAUAAAUUUUUCGUCGUCUUGCGAUUUUUAAAAUAAAUAAUAAAUUAUUGCGA